UAAGGCAUCUACAGAUUCGGAAAUUUCUUCAAAUCCACAGACAUACAUUGUAGACGAGGGAUAUCCACCUCCGGAUUAUCCAGGUGACGAGAUAGAGGAUUCAUCUCAUGGCUCAAGUGGAUAUUUAGGUGUUAAAAAGGCAAAUAAUGGAAGACUUCAAGAAAGACAAAAAUCAGAUUUAUCUAAAGCCACAAGUGGAUACAUAGACAUUAACAGGGCAAACAAUAAUAGAGAACUUCAAAUGAGACUGAACAAAAGUGGACCACUUUAUGAUAAUAAUGUCCUGCCAAAUCUUGCUCAUCAUAAAUGUGUAUCCAUUUCAACAAAGAGACAAAUACCAGCUCUAUAUAAUGAUUUUUCAAACCCUACCGGAAAUGGUCAUUUAAUGAAUAAUUUCAGACUUGGAAUUUCAAAUCAAUCAAGACACGCCCAUGCUUUCGAUGCAGAGAGUUCUAUUCCAUAUUCUAAGGAGAAUUUGAAAAACAAGCGAAUGUGUGUCAAGAUGAGCAAAGUUAGAAUAUUCAUCACAGCAGUAACGAUUGCGGGACUAGCACUAUUGCUCAUAUUUUUUGUCAUUGGCCAGAUUACGAUAGAGGACUUGAAUGAAAAUUUUCGGACGCAAACCAGUUCUUUAAAGGACAAUGACAACUCACUAGGAAUACUUCUUGAGAAUCAACGACAAGAAGGCGAAAAAACAAGUGAAGUUAUAAAUAUCACGGAGAUGAGUUUGGUGUCAAAUUCAAAUUUGACAGUCAAUUUACUUUUAUUAUCAAACAAAACAAAAAGAUCUUUCACAGAAAUUGGAGAAAUGAUAGAAACAAUGUCGAUUCGAACAAAUACUUCAAUUUAUGAAAUAGGAAAUAUUAUGGAAGCAUCGUUUAACCAAUUACAAUCAUCUUCGGAGGACAUGGCAAACACAAUAAAAGUAUUUUCUAAUCAUAGUAAAACGUCGAAUUCAGAUGUGAAGGAGUUAAUAAUAGAACAAUCCAAUAAGACCAAAACAUACUUAGAAGAUAUGAUGAAAGAUCUAUUUAAAAAUCUCGAAGACAAAUUGAUAGCAGUCAUUGAAAGGAGAAAUGGGGGUGGCUGCGCAAAUAACAAUUUAAACGUCACUACCGGUGAAUGCGUAGACAGCUGUUUGAGAGUCCCUGACGAAGAUUACCAGUCAUGUGACACUUGUUAUGGUUACGUGACGUGUUCGCAUAAUUAUAUAUUCCACAGAAAUUGUUCCCAGUCUCAUCAUGUUUGGGAUGAUAAUAAAAAACAGUGUUUAGAGCACAGUACAACAUGCAACCCAUCUGACUUCUCGUGAUACAAAUAUUGUAUUUUCUUCUAUUACUAGAUCAUGACCAUUUCUCUGUCUCGAUCAUUAUAUAGAAACUGAGUAAGCAGUCAUUGAUAUAACAAGCCAUUUUAAUCUUGCAUUAGUAUAAAAGUGUACGUAUUUUUAUGAGAUAUACAAAUGUUUGCCCAAAUUAUAUAUGAAAAACGUUUUUUCUUUGGUAACCGUCG